AAAAAAAAAAAAAAAAAAACCCUAAAAUCCCCCCCUCCCCUAUCUCGACGACCCUCUAUCAUCGUCUCAUGGAUAUAGCACUCUUCUCGCCGUCCUCUCUCUUCGCCGACGACGAUGACUCCUCCUCUGAUGGAGAGACGACGAGGCAGAGCUUCGUUGAUAGGAAUCACCAGUUUCCUGGAAUGGAAUUGCAUAUCCGUGAAUUCGGUUUCCACCAGCUUAAUGCAAACUUGCUCUGGCCUGGUUCCUUUGCCUUUGCUGACUGGUUAGCCCAGCAUCCCCACCUGAUCCAGAACCGGCGCUGUCUCGAGAUUGGAAGCGGCACUGGUGCUUUAGCUAUUUUUCUUAAGAAAGAGUUUAAUCUAGACAUAACUACUUCAGACUACGAUGAUCACGAGAUUCAGGAUAACAUUUCUCAUAACUGUAUUUCAAACAACAUUACCCCUUCUCUCCCCCAUAUCAAGCAUACAUGGGGAGAUGAAUUCCCAACCUCAGUUCCAGAUUGGGAUUUGAUCAUUGCCAGUGAUAUCCUUCUUUAUGUGAAACAGUACCCAAACUUGAUUAAGUCUCUCUCUUUUCUUCUCAAGUCCUACAAACCUAAAGACACCAAUGCUGUUAUUAGUCCCGCAGCAGAUUGCAAGCUAAAUGGAGGAGCAGAGUCUGAUCUGCUACCCUGUCCGGUGUUCUUAAUGAGCUGGAGACGAAGGAUUGGGAAAGAAGAUGAGUCUUUAUUCUUUACUGGUUGCCAACAAGCUGGCCUCCACGUCAAGCAUCUUGGAAACCGAGUUUAUUGCAUCAGCCUUUCAGAGAAAGCAACCUCUGAAGAAUAGGUUUACUACUCACUCCUCUUGAGUCUUCUUCCUCAGCGAGAUUGUUCACCUCUGAAAUUAGUGUUGCUCUUGCAGCUUAUUUGGAUUUGCUUCUUUUUUUUUUUUCCAAGUUAAGGGUGAAAUGCGAAACCAUUGAAGGAUAAUUUCCAUCAGUUUGUGUCGCCUAACGCUCCUUUCUUGAUCCAAAUCUUCUACUAUACAUAAAAAACAGUGUAUGUUGUAUGAUUCAUAAUUUAAGAUUGAUUCAC